AUGGGCGACGCUAGAUGGUUACCGCUGUUUGUAGUCGCAGACGUGACGACAGAGGUCGUCGACUCGGUACUUAAAAGCGCCGCUUCAGAAAGUGAAGAGGACGAAGAUUUCGAAAACAGGUGGUGCUUACUGCAGCAUCCCAACCAACGAACAAUUUCAAAACCCAGCGUUCCUCCUGCCGACCCUUUCCAGAGCGGUUUCUUGAAUUCCGACAUCCAAAGGCUACAAGAUUACAUCUUAACGGGAUGUGGAGAGAAUGGUCUCGGCCACGACAACAAUGUUUACAUGGACUGGCUCGCCGAUGAUGCUUUUGGCGUAAUUGAUGCACGUACAGCCCAAGACAAUACAAUCUUGUUCUGUGUACGGGAAGAUGUGGAUGCUAUUCAAGAGGCAGAAGUUCGCUUGGCUUGGAACAAAGGUACGAGAAGCGACGAACUUCUAACGAGAUAUAUUGAGGAUUCUGGAGACAUAGAUGACCAGGACAUUAUGUUCUUGGUCGAGAACUUGGCAAUCGACAAAGAUGAUUCAGAGGAGGCAAGUGUGGCCGAUCUCAGACUCGACGAAGCAAAGCAGAAGAUCGACGACUGGAUAGAGCUUGAGCAGCGGGGAGGAAGGCCAAGGUGGUUCGAGAUCAGAAUGGUUGUGGAAAAUGCGAUGAAGAACAGUUAUGGCAUCUCCAACAUUGGACCUGCCGCUGUGCUUACCGAGAUGAAAGACGAGUUUGAUGAAAACGGAGUAAUGAGAUAUUGA